GAACAAGCUAAUUGUUAAAUAAAUACAAUUUUAUUGAAGCAUGUCAGGCAUGGAUUUAAAACGGUCAUCUAUGGUCCAAGGCUUCGAGAGCAAUUUUGACUUUGAAAAUGUGGCAGAAAAAACUACAUGUACAUCUUUAAAUUUUCAUAAAGCCUUGGAGGAAAUCGAUUUGGAAGAAAUACUAGAGGCGUUUAAAGAAAAUGGAAAUAUCUUUAAUGGUAAAGACUUGAGAAAUCUGCUAAACAAAAAAAUUAAUAUAAUCUUUGAUGAUGAUCAAUUCGAAAAUGUAUUUAAAAAAAUUGAUAUAGAUAGUAAUGGUUUUAUUACUUGGGAUGAAUUCAUAUCUUUUCUGAUUCUGGGCUACAACAAUGAUGAAAUCACAAGCGAAUAUAGAAGUUUAUCGCCUCCGAUACCAUCGAAACCCAAAUUUUACACAUCAUAUCACAAAUCCCCCAUAGUCAGAAUAUCAUUUUGCCCUAUUCUAGAUGCUAUCAAAACGGAAGAGGUGGAUGGGUGUUUAGAUGGAAGCUAUAUAACUUUAAGUAAGGACGGUACCAUCAACUAUUGGUCUUUGGAUUUUGAACUUGAAGCUUCAGUUAAAUCUAAGAAUCCAGACUUUAAGGUGUUAAGUACUUGGGUAACAGAUAUGGCAGUAAUGCCCAACGUGAAUGUUAUUUGUACGUCAAGCAGCGAAAGAGAUUUGCGUUUUUACGAUACAUCGGCAAGAAAAUUUGAUUUGAGAGUUCGGUUGACCUCCCUUGAAUACGCUGUGACCACCAUGAGUUAUCAUUACCCUGAAACUCACCUGGAACAGUCCAUGCUAAUGUUGGGAGAUAUGGGGGGUAAUGUAACUAUACUAUUUAUAGACACGGCAGAGCGUGGGCCUUUUCUAGGUGUAUUGGGGGAACCAUUGAGGAAAUUCGUAUUUAACCGUGUUCUGAAAGGGCUUGUAAGAGGUUUCCGCGUGGUUCAACAUCUCAAUGUUCACACCGACUUUGUGCGUCAAAUUCAGUUCUACUCUAAUUUGCACAGCGUUGUAUCUUGCGCCGACUGCAAAAGAAGUCCUUUGGUGAUCAUUGACAUCUUCAAAACUACCCCCAAAUUAAAUCCGAAGGCAUACCAGACUUUCAGCGGGGUAUGGUGUUUCGAUAUUGAUCCGAAGAUGCAUCUGAUAGCGACCGGCAGUUCCGAUGGUCUUAUCCGCUUGUGGAAUCCUUUCAUGCCCACUAGAUGCACCGCGACGCUCUACAGGCACCAUCAAGGAGUCAUACGAAUGACGUUUCAGGACGACGGGAAUUUUUUGUACUCGAUAUCCAAAGAUGGAGUUAUUAAAGUGUGGCUUGUCCAGUCUCAAAAAUUGGUGCAGAUUUAUUUGGAGAUGACCUCCUUAAACGAUAAAGAUUUAUGCACUUACUACAAUCCUGUGAGCAGGCAAUGGAUUUUAGGGAGCUCCGUGAUAAAUGUAAUUUCUUUAAACCCAAAGUUAAGUUCUGAACAUACAGACGGCGAUACGCAUUCUGGAGGGAUCUCGGUUGUGUUAUACAACCCUUUGUUUAAAGUUAUUGUUACUUUGGGUAUUGAUGGAUUUAUUCUUGUAUGGGAUCCGUGGGAUGGUAGAAACUUGAUGAUGAUUAAAAAUGCUCAUGUUCAAAUACAGCAUGGUCUGGAGAUUCCUGUAGAGAUAACAGCUGCUUCAUUUUCGCAGAAUAAUCAUUUUUUGCUGACUGGCGCACACGAUGGGACUAUUAAAAUUUGGGAUUUUCAUAAUGGUACUUGUCUAAGAAACUUAAAACUAAACGAUCCACAUGAAAUAUGUAAAGUCUUUUGGAUAGGAACAAGGCUUUUAGUAGCUGGUUGGAAUAGAAGAAUCACUGAAUUCAGUUCAAAGGGCGAGGCCAUAGGCACUGCUGGGUCUUUUUGUAAAAACUGGGACAAGCGUCAUAAUGAAGACAUCAAGGCGGCAGCGCUUCGUGUACCGCAGACCGUGGUCACAGCCAGCUUUGAUGGGGUCAUCAUAAUGUGGCGUCUUGAAACAGGACAACCUUACAAAAAAUAUAACGUCAACAACCCAACUGUGAGAAUUAAGCUUGAAUACAAAAUGCCUAAAGAGAAAUUGUUAAGGGUAGCCAGACUAAAAAAGGUUGACGAAAGAAGAAAGUCUACAUUGAUUGAAGAGCAAAUAGGAGAUUAUACUGAUAAUGAAGAGAAGGAAGGUGAAAAAAAAACAGACAACUUUUUAAUGAGACGGUCGACAUCAAAAAGAGCUUCGAUGUUUGACGCAAGAACACCUGCUGUUAAAAUCCAGGCAGAAUCGAGUCUUCACCUAAAAUUGUCUGAUAUUACCCUUCCUGAUACAUUCGAUAUAAGAAAUGCGGCAGUACAUUGUAUGCUAUUUUUAAAUAAACGUGAGAUGGAUCCAGAUGUUGGUACCCUUUUAAUAUCUUUAGAAAACGGAGUGGUUCAAGUAUGGUCUCAUGAUGUUUUCGGAUCAUUUAUAACAUCGUUUACUACAAUUCAUAGAGCUGGUGAUUACGUUUUAACCAUGGCUACAGAUGAAAAUAAUGAAUACCUAUUUACUGGACAUAGUGCAGGAUACAUUAAGACCUGGUUAAUUUCGGAUUAUUGUGUUAAAAAUCCUCCUUACGUGUGCAUGCCAAAAUACAGAUUAAAGUUUCCCUACAUGUGGGGAAAUACAAUCAGAGGAAGAGCCAGGAGGAUGAAUCGGUUAGAUCCUAAACCACUUUUACUCAACACUUAUAAAGGGCAUAAUCUUGCUAUAUCAUCUUUGGACUUUAUUAAUGAGUCCCAAAUAAUAAUUAGUGGAAGUGCUGAUAAAAGUGCAAGGUUAUGGACUCUUAGUGGAAGAUUUUUACAAACCGUUGGUAGUUUUAAAACAUGGAAGCCCUUACCAUAUGCUGAACCUGUUGAUGAGACAACUUUUGAAUUUGCAAUACCAGCUGAUUUAAAAAGGACCUUAAGUUCUUGUUCUAGAAGGAUUUUAAGCGGUGGUUUUCUUCCUGUGCCAUUAACAAAAAGUCAAAUAAAACGAAGAGCAGAUAAAGAGAUUAUUGGCAUUGAUCUUAGUAAAAUAUAUGGUAAGGCACUGCAACAGCCUUAUUUGGGUCAUCAUUACAAAAUAAUUGAAGGAGCUACUAGCACAGCUGAUAUCCAGUUUGAUACCAGUUUACCCACGAUACCAGUAUAUAAACAUCUUUAUACGCAUGAUUUCCAAGACGCCACUAUGCCCAAGAAAGAAAUUAAAGUCCAACCUGACUGAUAUUAUGUCAGUGAUAUAUGUAA